CUUCCUGUCCCUACUUGAUUUCAUUUCAUUUAAGCUUCACAGCCCCAAGAAAGGUAGGCUUCAUUACCAUGUUUGUCCUAGCUUAAAAACUGAUACAAUAAAGUAAUAUGUGAACUCCCCUCCUUUCCUCAGCCCCAGAGAGGCCACUGAUCAGGUUGCUAUGUUCCUCCCAGGUGUUUCUGGGCAUUUGUAAACAUGCAGCAGAUAAUAACUGACCGAUUCUGUGUCAGGAUCUUUCAGAUUCUGGAGACAUGUGUUCCCUCAUAGGGCUUUCAAGGGUCUGCUGGAGGAGACUCCCCAAAUCAGGGAAGGCUUCCUGAAAGAGGUGGUGCUUGAACUGAGAGCUGUAAGGUAGUCAUUAGCUGGGAAGGAGAACAUGAACACACCAUGCAGAGAGGGCAGUAUAGGCGGAGACCCUCAGGCAGGAGGGAGCAAGGCACAGAGGACCUGAGAAACCAGUGUGGCUGGAAUCCUGAGGUGAGGGCCAGAGUGGAGUUCAGUCUUGGGGUUUAAGGGGCAAGGACUCACCGGUGAGUCUUCGGAGGGGCACAUUUUUCAAAAGCUCCCUUUGGCUUCUGUGUGGAGGAUGGGUUGAAGAGGGGACCAGAAUGGCAGAGGGAAGGAUGGACUGGGAGGGGUCCACACGAACCUGUUUUAGGUGGGCUUUCUCUGAGUGCCUAUCUUAAUCCCUUUAUAGUCAGUGAAUCCUCACAACAAUCCGAUGGAGUCUUACCCCCAUUUUGCAGAAGAGGAUUCAGAGGCUCAGGUGAAGGCACUUGUAGGUUUUACCCACAGGUGUUACAUGCUGCAAUUUGUUGGGCAUGGGCAGCAUCUCUGUUCCUGGCUGUGUAGUACUACCGAGUUGAUGGUCAUUUACUCAGCCAGUAGCCAGUUAUCUGGAAAUUAUUCCUUGCAUGGUUCCUUACUCUGCAGUGGCCAUUCCUCCAGUCUCUGGUGACAACAGCAGAGGUGAAGGAUGUUAGAGGUCUCCAUAGUGCAGCUCUUACACAUCUACAGGCUGGAGUUUGUUCCGCUUUUCCAGAUGAGGAAACGGAGGCCCUGGAGAGGGGCUUGCAGAAGGCCCAGGCCUGGCUGGGUGGCGCCACGGGCCUGAGAGGCCCGGGAGAGGCAUCUGAGGCCAGUCUAGGCAAGGGGCGGGGCCACGGGGCGGGGCCCUGGGCGUCAGCGCCGGCGCCAAUGGGCAGGCAUCCCCCUCCCAGUUCCGAGUCCCUAGCGGCGGCGUCCAGAGCCGGGAUCCUCAACCCAUCUUGAGCCGAGCGGGUGGCGGCACCAUGGCGUGCGCAGGGCUGCUCACCGUAUGCCUGAUCCAGCCGCCUGCGCCCCUGCUCCCAGCGCCGGCCACUGGGCCCGCCGGACACGCGCUCUUCCAGGAUGUUUUCCGCAGAGCAGACAAGAAUGAUGAUGGUAAACUCUCAUUUGAGGAAUUCCAGAAUUACUUUGCCGAUGGGGUUCUCAGCCCCAGGGAGCUGUGGGAGCUGUUCAGCGGCAUUGACGGUCAUUCUACUGACAAUUUGGAAACAGAGAAACUGUGUGACUACUUUUCAAAACACCUGGGUGUCUACCGGCCUGUGCUGGCUGCGCUGGAGUCGCUGAACCGUGCAGUGCUCACGGCCAUGGACACCACUAAGCUGGAGUAUGAGCAGGCCUCCAAGGUGGACCAGUUUGUGACACGCUUCCUAUUGCGGGAGACAGUUAGCCAGCUACAAGCCCUACAGAGCUCGUUGGAGGGGGCAUCAGACACCCUGGAGACCCAGGCCCGUGGCCCACGGUCAGAUGAAGAGAGAGUGGAGGUGCAGAGCAGGCCCCAUGGCAGCCGGCGGGCAGGGCGCAGGGCCUCGCGGAGCGUCAGUUGUUCACCCACCUGGUCUCUUGGCUCCUCUGACACAGGGCGGAGCUCAGAGGCUGAGAUGCAGUGGCGGCUCCAGGUCAACCGCCUCCAGGAGCUCAUCGACCAGCUCGAAUGCAAGGCCCCUCGGCUGGAACCCCUGCACGAAGAGGACCUUACCAAGGGGCCUGACUCGCACAUCCUUGUGGCCCAGAGGCAGGUGCAGGUGGAAGAGGAAGCCCUGCAGGACUUCCACCGUGCCCUGUGCUGCUACAUGGAAUUCACCGGGGCCCAGAGCCACUGCCUGCAUGUGUCUGCCCAGAAGAUGCUGGACAAGGCCUCCUUCACCCUGUACGAGUUUUGGCAGGAUGAAGACUCCUGGAGAAGGCACCAGCAGUCCUCCUGCAGUAAGACCUUCCAGCGCAUACUCACCAACCACCUGCGGGCUCCAGACACCCUCACCACUGUGUUCUUCCCAGCCUCCUGGUGGAUUAUGAAUAAUAACUGAGCUUGACCUGUAUUCGCUAAGGACCCUGGGGCCCUGCCUGCCUCCUGGAGCUUCUGGACUAGUCAAUUCAGCACCAAGACCAAGGACGUUGCUGCUCCUAGACCCGGGGCCUGGCUGUCAGAGGCCUCCCAGACCAGCUGGUGGAGUCUCUCAGCCCAGGGAUCAGGGACUGGGCUGCUUGCUUUCUGUUUCUUUAGUUAUCAGUGUCUUUUAUUGUUUGUAGCUUUGGUUUCUGAGGCACUCUGGCCUCUGCCUGGCUCAGGAGGCCUGGAUUCUGGUCUCCUCUGCCCCUGCCUUGCUGUGUGAUCCAGGGCCGAUCCCGUCCCUCUCUUGGUGGGCCUUGGGCUGUCUGGCUGCCUAGUGGGUGCCCUGCUUUCUUCUUGCUGUCUUGGGGCCAGGCUUCUGCUCUUCCUUAACCAACAGCAGAACCAGGGCUGAUGCUCAGGGACCCCCACCCCCCCACCCUUACCCUCGACCUCUGAGGCUGGGCUGGACCCAUCUGCAGUGUGGGGUAAGGACUUGGGUGUCCCUGUCACCCUCCUGGGCUGGCAGGCUUCGGACUCGUCCUAUACCCGUGGCUGCACCAGAGACAUCUGGAAGAUCCUGGGUUGGUUUGCAUGUCAUUUGCAUAUCAUUCGCAUGUCCAUGCCCACCCAUACUCAGGACAUUAUGGGAAGCCCCAAGGUGACCUUGCCAAGUAGCAAUAAUUUGGGUCUAAGAGUCACCUGCUACCCCAGAUAACCUCUGAACCUCAGCCCGGGACCCCAGCACAAAGACAAUAAAGGCAGUGGUCACCUCUGG